GGUGAAAAUGAAAUCCUUGAAACACUAUAUGGUAUUGCAAGCAAGAACAAGAUAUGGAGGUCUUAUAUAGGCAUGGGUUAUUACAACUGCUCGCUGCCUCAUCCCAUUGCACGGAAUUUGUUGGAGAACGCAGGAUGGGUUACCCAGUAUACUCCUUACCAACCUGAGGUCUCCCAGGGCAGGCUGGAAAGCCUGCUAAAUUACCAGACUAUGGUAUGCGAUAUCACAGGAAUGGAUGUGGCCAAUGCAUCCUUGCUGGAUGAGGGUACAGCUGCUGCAGAAGCCAUGCAAUUAUGUCACAGGCACAAUAAAAGAAGGAAGUUCUAUGUAGAUGCCCGAUGCCACCCUCAGACUAUAGCUGUCGUCCAAACUAGAGCGAAUUACACAGGUGUUAUUACUGAGCUCAAAUUACCCCAUGAGAUGGAUUUCAAUGGAAAGGAUGUCAGUGGGGUAUUAUUUCAGUAUCCGGACACUGAAGGGAAGGUGGAAGACUUCUCUGAACUUGUUGAAAGAGCUCAUCAGAAUGGGACUCUCGCCUGCUGCGCUACUGAUCUUCUGGCUCUCUGUAUUCUGAAGCCUCCUGGAGAGUUUGGUGUAGAUGUUGUCCUGGGUAACUCCCAGAGAUUUGGCGUGCCACUCUGCUAUGGGGGACCCCAUGCGGCAUUCUUUGCUGUCAAGGAAAAUCUAGUGAGAAUGAUGCCAGGCAGAAUGGUGGGUGUUACAAGAGAUGCAAAUGGAAAGGAGGUGUACCGGCUUGCCUUGCAAACACGAGAGCAGCAUAUCAGGAGGGAUAAAGCUACCAGCAACAUCUGCACAGCACAGGCUCUUCUGGCUAACAUGGCAGCCAUGUUUGGUGUAUACCAUGGGUCUGAUGGAUUAAGACAUAUUGCAAAACGAGUACACAAUGCUACCUUAAUCUUGGCGGAAGGUCUCAGGCGAGCUGGUCAUAAACUACAUCAUGAUCUUUUCUUUGAUACUUUGACGAUCACGUGUGGAUGCUCAGUCAAAGAGGUUCUGGACAGGGCAACUCUUAGAAAGAUAAAUUUUCGGACUUAUAGUGAUGGCAGACUUGGAGUAUCACUUGAUGAAACUGUAAAUGAGAAAGACCUCGAUGACAUACUAUGGAUUUUUGGUGGCGAGUCUUCAGCUGAGCUAAUUGCUGAGAGUAUGGGUGAGGAAACCAAAGGCAUCCUUAACACCCCAUUUAAGAGAACUUCCAAAUUCUUGACACAUCAGGUUUUCAACAGCUAUCACUCUGAGACAAAUAUUGUGCGGUACAUGAAAAGAUUAGAAAACAAAGAUAUUUCCCUUGUUCACAGCAUGAUUCCUUUGGGGUCCUGCACGAUGAAGCUCAAUAGCUCAGCUGAACUUACACCUAUUUCAUGGAAAGAAUUUGCCAACAUCCACCCUUUUGUGCCCCUGGAUCAAGCUCAAGGAUAUCAGCAGCUUUUCAAGGAGUUAGAAAAGGACCUAUGUGAGAUUACUGGCUAUGACAAAAUCUCCUUCCAACCAAACAGUGGAGCCCAAGGAGAGUAUGCAGGUUUGGCUGCCAUCAAAGCUUAUUUAAAUGCAAAAGGAGAACGUCAUAGAACUGUUUGCCUUAUUCCUAAAUCCGCUCAUGGUACAAAUCCAGCAAGUGCACACAUGGCAGGAAUGAAGAUUCAGCCCAUUGAAGUGGAUAAAAAUGGGAGCAUUGAUAUCUCCCAUUUAAAAGCAAUGGUGGACAAGCACAAGGAGAACUUGGCAGCCAUCAUGAUCACAUACCCUUCCACCAAUGGUGUAUUUGAAGAGGAAAUCGGAGAUGUGUGUGACCUGAUUCACAAACAUGGAGGACAGGUUUACUUAGAUGGAGCAAAUAUGAAUGCCCAGGUAGGUCUGUGUCGUCCUGGAGAUUACGGCUCUGAUGUCUCCCACUUAAACCUUCACAAAACCUUUUGCAUUCCCCAUGGAGGAGGAGGACCUGGAAUGGGACCAAUUGGAGUGAAGAAACAUUUGGCUCCCUACUUGCCUACCCACCCUGUCAUCAAAAUACAUCUGGAUAAGGAUGCAUGUCCUUUGGGUACUGUCAGUGCUGCACCUUGGGGUUCCAGUGCUAUAUUGCCAAUUUCCUGGGUGUAUAUCAAGACAAUGGGAGCAAAGGGUCUGAAACAUGCUUCUGAGAUUGCUAUACUAAAUGCAAACUACAUGGCAAAGAGGCUAGAGAAGCACUACAAAAUCCUUUUCAGGGGAGCAAGAGGUUUUGUAGCCCAUGAAUUCAUUUUGGAUACAAGACCCUUCAAAAAAACAGCAAACAUUGAAGCUGUAGAUCUUGCUAAGAGACUUCAGGAUUAUGGUUUUCAUGCUCCAACCAUGUCCUGGCCAGUGGCAGGGACACUUAUGAUUGAACCAACAGAGUCUGAAGACAAGGCAGAGCUGGACAGAUUUUGUGAUGCGAUGAUCAGCAUUCGGCAGGAAAUUGCUCAAAUAGAGGAGGGCAGGAUGGAUCCGCAAAUUAACCCACUAAAGAUGUCACCACAUACUCUGAAUUGUGUCACUUCUUCCAAGUGGGAUCGUCCUUAUUCCAGAGAAGUGGCAGCAUUCCCACUGCCAUUUGUGAAGCCUGAAAGCAAAUUUUGGCCCACAAUUGCUCGCAUUGAUGACAUAUAUGGCGAUCAACAUCUGGUUUGCACCUGCCCACCAAUGGAAGCCUAUGAAUCUCCAUUUUCUGAACAGAAAAGAGCAUCUUCGUAAGACUGCUUCCAGCUGCCUGGAUAUCUGAGUCCAUCAGACUUAUAGGGGAUAUAUAUGUAUACUGUGUAUAUUUUGGAUAAUCACCAUAUUUGUUAAUUGAAUCACUGCUCAGUUAAAAUGUAAAUACAAUCAGUAAGUUAGGUGUAAACAAAAUGUGAUUGUUGCACAGCAGUUGAUGUUGAAGUUGCCUUGAUUCAGCAGUUUGUCUGUUUUGUGCCAAGGUUUUAACAAUUAACACCCAAUUUAGACAAGGCCAUGGAAGAUAAAGCUGAAAAAGCAGAAAAUAAGCAGAUGCAUAAGGCAAUAGUAAUGAAUAUUAACUGCAGGAGUAAUUCUUUAUAUUUUGUAAAAAAGAUGAAGUAGAUAAAUUUACUUCAUGUAUUACCACUAGCAUGGCUAGCACAAAUAUUUCGUACUGGUUUUUUAUCUACCAGUGUUAGUACUCUAAUAAAAUGGGUCAGAAUUUUAAGUGU